AGGUAAUCGGGAACCCUGCGCAUGAAAGACAUUUCGGCAAGCUGAUGCAAUUACCCAAUCAAUCGCCUUCGUCGUUUCGGUGCGAGUGAGCCAUUUUGUAGACCAAUAAUGAGCCCCGAUAUCCUCCAAAAGCUAUACAGCGUAGUCUCCAAGGUAUGUAGAGGACGGCAUCCCCAAACUUCGCUAGACUCUUCAUCCAGCGAUGGUGACACUCUCUGUGCCAUCGAUCCAUUGCGAGUCCUGCGGAAAUUUCAUCAAAACGCUGUUAUCCUCGCUUCCACUCGGCCCACUUGAAGUCAACCACAUCAAACGAACGCUAUCCUUCUCUGUUGGUGACGGCGUCGACGUCACUUCCCUCGAUUCGCUUGUCAUUUCUGUGUACCGCAGACUCUACCAAGCCGGAUACGAAGCUAGUGGUAUCGAUGAUCGCCUGGCUACGCGUAACUUGGGCCAGCGCAUGUAUGAUUUCUUUUCUAGCGGACCCCGGGCGAGGCGCAGGUGUCACUUGCGUCACUGUUUCGCAUGCCAACAGGAGAGCUUUCAGGGUGUACCCUCGUCUAUGCCCGCAUUACUAGAAGUGAAGGUUGAUGAUCCUUCCAAGGUUCAGGCCCAGGAGACCGUCCUUUCAAUUGAAGGCAUGACCUGCUCCUCGUGCAGAACUACGAUUUCUCAAAUCCUCAACGACCUUCCCGGGGUAUCAAAGGCAGUCGUCGAUUUGGUCACUAAUUCCGCCAUCGCGAUUCAUGAUUCGGGCGUCCCUGCCAAGUCUCUGAUAAGUGAGAUUGAAGGUGCUGGAUAUGGCGCCACCAUCGUUGGGACUCGUCUGCUAAAUUCACCGACAACCCGUCGGACCCGGUUCAAUAUUGAAGGCAUGACUUGCAGUGCCUCCACAGCAGCCAUUCAAAAUGCCGUGUCUCAGCUGCCAGGUGUUAACAACCUGACGAUCUCGUUGAUCACGAACUCGAUGGACAUCACACACGACCCUUCCACGCUCACCCCUACAGUUAUUUCGAGUACUAUCCGAGACUUAGGAUAUGAAGUGCUGAGUUGGGAUCACAUCGAAACCGGGCAGUCUUCCCAGGCCACCAAGGAUGAGCGAAUUGUCGAGCUAAAAGUGCAGGGUAUGGUAUUCAAUGAUGGACCGGCCCGCGCUAAUGCGUAUCUCGAAUCCUUGAAUCUCAUUUCGUUCACUCCCCUCUCUAUUGAGUUCGAUCGAACGAAGAUUCACUACAAACCUUCGCCGACCCUAACGAUCCGAGAAAUUUACGCGUUCCCUCAGCCAUUCAAAGCCACAUUAUACGCCCCUCCCUCUCUCAUGACCCGUUCCCGCAAGAUACAACAGAACGAGGCCAAACACCUCGCGCAUUUGUUUCUGGUGAGCCUCGUGCUUUCAAUACCGACGUUCAUAGUUGGCGUGUUGGCCAUGAUCCUUCUGCCGGAACGCAACUCGUUUAGGAUGUGGUGGGAGACACCCUUCUGGGGAGGAGCGACAAGAGCAACCAUCGCACUUUGGAUCAUUGCCACAUUUGUGCAGUUUGGAGUCGGGUGGAUUUUCUAUAAGGGUGCAUGCAAAGGCACCUAUAUGCGGAGGAAGAGUCAGUGGACGUGGUCUCGGUUGGUCCACUUUGGAAAUAUGGACCUCUUGGUUGCGCUGUCUACCAGUGUGGCGUACAUGGCUAGUGUUGGCAUCAUGGCUCGAGACAUCCGCCAAGGGGCAGUGAUGACAAUGAAAGUUGGCUCAGAAAACACCUACUUCGACUCCUGCGUGUUCAUCAUCUUCUUUAUAUUGAUGGGCAGAGCGCUGAAAGGACGUGCUCAAGUACGAACCGGCGACGCAAUUGCACUGCUUGGAAAUAUACGCCCGCAACAUGCUUUACUCGUGUCCGGUAUGAAGGAAAAUGAUGUGCGAGGUAUAGAAGUGGAAGAAGCGCUUUGUCACCAAUCUACUGCUUCCAUUCCAGUCGAGAGUCUUGAAUUGGGAGAUUACAUCCUUGUUCAACCGGGAAAUGUUCCACCAGCUGAUGGCAUCAUCGUGUCAGGAGCUACAUCUGUUGAUGAAUCCUCCCUCACUGGGGAAUCACUCCCAGUUUUCAAAGGCAAAGGGGAUCCACUCAUGACGGGGACUACGAACCUUACAUCCCCAGUGAUCAUUCGCGUGAACGAGGUCGGUGACCAAACGAUGCUACAGAAAAUCGUACAAUUGGUCGCUGAAGCACAGAACCACAAGGCACCUAUAGAGCGCUUAGCGGAUUCUAUUACAGCUGUCUUCGUGCCCUUCGUUGUUUGGUUCUCCAUUGUCGUCCUCAUCAUCUGGUUGUCACUGUCCCUUUCAAAAGUCAUCCCUGACUCAUAUCUUCCUUAUGGUCGUACUGGCGUCGGUGACCGAAUCUUCUUCGCCUUCGGGUUCGCCAUUAGUUGCCUUGCUGUGGGGUCAGGACUUGCAGCGAAAGCUGGAAUUCUCGCGCAGGGGGGAGGCGAAGCAUUCCAGAUGGCGGCGAAAACUGACACUGUUGUCUUCGAUAAGACCGGGACACUCACUACGGGAAACACAACAGUUACUCAUCUGAACACAGCGGAGGAUGUUCCAAGCUGGCUUUUCCAUGCUGUCCGUCUUAUGGAAGCUGGAUCGAGCCAUCCGUUGGCUUUGGCUAUCACCAAGUUCUGUUCCCAAAGUUUCGGAGAAGAAAGCGAUGUACGCAUCGAAUCCACGGAAGAAGUCCCUGGUAAAGGACUCAAAGCGGUGAUCCUCCUUUCCGAUCGCACCCGGCACUCUAUCCUUAUUGGCAAUGAGAGAUUUGUUAUUGUAGAGAAUGGUGUCAGGCUUGAGGACGGCAGGCAUCUCGAUGCUGUGCGCUCUCAGCAGGCUUCGGGACAGACGGUCGUAUUCGUUGCUACCACGAAACAAGGGAAGGAAGCAGAAGAUUCUAUCCCCAGCGUCAUGGCUUCCUUUUCCAUCUCCGAUACAAUCCGACCUCACGCGCGCACCACAGUAGAGCAACUUCGUGCUUCGGGUUUUGAAGUCUUCAUGCUCACUGGAGACAAUCAAGUCACGGCCGAGACUGUUGCCGUGGAACUAGGGAUCGAGGCUGAUAACGUAGUGGCCGGGGUCCUGCCGCAAGGGAAGGCAGAAUUCAUUAAUCAACUGAAAGAACGAAAACGAUUGGUGAGACCUUGGCAUUCGUGGCGGGAACAAGAGAAGCGGUCCAUUGUUGCCUUCUGUGGUGAUGGUCUCAAUGAUACUGCUGCACUCACAGCUGCUGACGUAGGAGUGGCACUCGCACAAGGAUCCCAAAUCACAAUUUCAGCUGCUGCUUUCGUUCUCUUAUCUCAAAACAGUGCCCCAGCUUCUGUGUACACCCUGUUGAAGCUCUCCCGCAAGGUCUACAACAGGCAGAAGUUAAACUUUGGAUGGGCGAUGGUCUACAAUGUAAUUUUGUUGCCUAUAGCGGCUGGCGCAUUGUUCGCUCACAAGCAUACGCGGCUUUCACCCGUUUGGGCGGCGUUGGCGAUGGCACUCAGCUCCGUGAGUGUGGUCAUGAGUAGUCUGGCUUUGCAAUGGGGGUGGCAGCUAUAAUGCACAAUCUCGUCUCGAAGACUGUAGAGUACAUUGACCCAGUGUUUCAUGCGAUGGUGAUUGGGGCCGGACAGAUAAGCGGCAAGAUAAUCAAAUCGGUUUACACCCAAAGAUUGGGAUGAUCGUCAAAGAAUCGCGCUGCAGCAACAUCCUUUGCAUCAUUUUUCGUGGGACCGACUCCAACAUAUUCCACUCCAAAAACUACAUGCAAUUUAAAUCUUGGCCUAGUGUGGAAGUUCAAUCGGUCGGGAUCAGCUCACCACACAGUCGCGAUUCGUGAGCUUGAAUACUGCUAUUCCGACCCCAGCGUUGUGUAUCUACCUGUCGUCGAAAACAAUCCAUUUUAUGAA